GUCGUCGUCGUAGUGUCGUAUUUGCGUUCUGCCUCGUUUCACGGUACGUGGCGUGCAUCGUCGUUCGGUCAUACGUGUAUAUAUACUAGUCUAUCUUUUGACAGUUCUUACUCUUACUGUACAGAUCUUAACAGAUCUUAACGCGCGCGUACAGUGAACAUUGAAUCUCGUUGAAUCAGUUGACAGUUGACAUCCGCUCUCGAGGUGAAGCGUUUGACCGGGAACAGAAGCUCGUUUUUCAUUGACAUGCUCCCGACAAAGUUCCGGAAGUUGUUCUAUGAAAAAGCGCGCUCGUAUUUAGACGCAUUAGACACAUAAAUUAAGUGUCCACGAUGAGCCAGAAACCCAACGAGUCUACAUCUACGUCUACGUGCCUAAAGAUGAAAUUCCUGCGUUUCUCCUGGACAUCGCGGGGUUAAAGUUUCUACACGACAAACAAAUACAGAUUUAGUUAGACAGAUAGAUAGAUUAGUUAGAUAGUGAACGAAGAGUAUCGCGGGGUGAGAUAUCGAACACUGGCGUGGAAAACGGAAGAGUGUUCGACAGAGUUUCUGAUUUGAAAAUCGCCAAAAAAAAAAGACGGCCGAUCGAUGUCUUAUUUGUGAUGGGAGUGCCUGCGCGGGGAGCACUCGCGGCGAUCGUCGCCAUAAGCGCUUUCGCCGUCUACCUUAACAGCUUGAAUUGCGGCUUUGUUUUCGAUGACAUUUCUGCGAUCAAGGAUAAUCGAGACUUAAGACCCCACACACCCCUGAAAAAUGUUUUUUACAAUGAUUUCUGGGGCACUCCUAUGCACAAGGAGCAGUCGCACAAAUCUUACAGGCCAUUGUGCGUUCUCACAUUUAGAUGGAAUUACUUGAUUCACCAAUUGGAUCCUAUGGGAUAUCAUUUACUUAAUGUUAUUCUACAUGUUGGAGUGUGCUUAUUAUAUUUUAGGACUUGUUUGAUGUUUCUAUCCGAUUCUGCAACUUUUGUGUCUUCUCUUCUAUUCGCGGUACAUCCUAUACACACAGAGGCAGUUACAGGAGUGGUGGGAAGAGCAGAAACAUUGUCUUCUUUAUUUUAUCUGGCAGCUUUAAUCACAUACACUAAAUGUUGCAAGAGUAAGAGAUCAACAGAAUGGAAGUCCUUGAUGUUAUCUAUGUUAUUUGUUUUUACUGCCAUGUUGUGCAAAGAACAAGGAAUCACAGCUACUGCUGUUUGUGUGUUGUAUGAGAUUUUUGUUGUACAAAAGAUCAGAGCAAUGGAUAUUUUCCUGACAUUAAAGGCAGCUUUUGGUGGGAAAAAAAUAGCCCUUGCUUGGUCCAGUGAAGGUACAAAACGUUUGACUGCCCUUACACUUGUUACAUUUAGUUUACUCAUACUUCGACUACAUGUAAUGGGCUCAAAGUUACCUGUAUUUACCAGAUUCGACAAUCCUGCAUCUGUAGCACCAACGCCAGUAAGGCAGCUUACGUACAAUUACCUCGCAGCAGUCAAUUUAAGGCUGUUAUUUCUUCCAAAUGAUUUAUGCUGUGAUUGGACUAUGGGAACGAUACCGUUGAUAGAAAGUUUUACAGACCUUCGCAAUCUUGCUACUAUAGCAAUUCAUACAACGGUGUUAGGUUUAUUAACAACGGCAAUUUUAACACCCAAUAGACAAACCUCCAUCAUUCUUAUAAUGAGUUUGGCUAUGAUGGUACUGCCAUUUUUACCUGCCUCGAAUCUCUUUUUCCCGGUUGGAUUCGUCAUCGCUGAAAGAGUAUUAUACGCACCAUCUAUGGGGUUCUGUAUGCUUGUCGGAUACGGAUGGAGUAUUUUGUGCGAUAAAAAACUUAGGAAACUCACACUAUUUUUAUUAAUAACACUUCUGGCGGCCCACUCAACGAAAACUUUUAUCAGAAAUUAUGAUUGGUUGGACGAAUACUCCAUAUUCAUGUCAGGAUUGAAAGUGAAUAAUCGUAAUGCCAAAUUGUUCAAUAACGUCGGACACGCAUUGGAAAGUCAAGGGCAAUUUAAAGAAGCACUGAAUUUUUUUAACAUGGCCGUGCAAGUGCAAGGUGACGACAUUGGUGCACACAUCAACGUAGGCAGAACUUAUAAUCAUCUUAAAAUGUUCAAAGAAGCCGAAGAUGCAUACUUGAAAGCGAAAUCGUUACUACCAAAAGCAAAACCUGGAGAGUCCUACCAAGCGCGAAUAGCACCAAAUCAUUUGAAUGUGUUUGUGAAUUUAGCAAACCUAAUAGCGAAGAAUGCAACUAGGUUAGAGGAGGCCGAUUUGCUUUAUAGACAGGCGAUCAGUAUGCGCGCUGAUUAUACGCAAGCAUAUAUUAAUCGAGGCGACGUCUUAAUUAAACUUAAUCGUACUAAAGAAGCCCAGGAGGUUUAUGAGCGAGCUCUUUUCUACGACAGUAAUAAUCCAGAUAUCUACUAUAAUCUGGGAGUUGUAUUCUUGGAACAAGGAAAAGCAUCCCAAGCUUUGGCAUAUUUGGAUAAAGCGUUAGAAUUUGAUCCGGAACACGAGCAAGCUUUGUUGAAUUCGGCUAUCUUACUUCAAGAAUUGGGACGCGCAGAAUUGCGAAAAGUAGCUAGAGAAAGGCUUUUGAAACUUUUGAGAAAGGAUUCCAAUAACGAGAGGGUACACUUCAAUCUUGGAAUGUUGGCUAUGGAUGACCAUGAUAGCGGUAGCGCGGAACGAUGGUUCCGAAAUGCGGUCGCAUUAAAAGAAGACUUUCGAUCUGCUCUAUUUAAUUUGGCUCUGUUAUUGGCAGACGAGCAACGUCCUCUCGAAGCAGCACCCUUUUUGAACCAGCUAGUCAGAUUCCACCCGGACCACGUGAAAGGAUUAAUUCUUUUAGGCGAUAUCUACAUUAACAAUAUAAAAGACUUGGAUGCUGCCGAGAACUGUUAUCGUCGCAUACUGCAGUUAGAUCCAACAAAUAUCCAAGGCCUACAUAAUUUGUGCGUUGUAAUGGUGGAGCGUGGUAAGUUGGGUUUGGCUGCUCAGUGUUUGGAACGAGCAGCGGGAUUGGCGCCCCAACAGGACUACGUGCACAGACACCUUGCCAUUGUGAAGGCCCGCAUCAAUAGGCUACCUUCGGAACAACGCGACACGGAAGUCUUCGACGAUUCGUUCUGGCAGACCAAUCCGAAGGAAAGAAAUUUUAACAUGGGAGACAUUUCGGCUAGUAAUACUGCUGGUAGCUCAUCUGCCGCAGGAGGUCCGGGGAAUAUCGUUAACGGUGGUAAUCAAUUCUUGGGAAAAACUGAUUCUGUUUUCUCCAAUCACCACAAUCACAUAGGAAAUAAACAAAGUAGCGCGGAUUCGCUAAAUAAUAAUAUAAUACACCUGAAGAGUCCGACGAAACCUGGGAGAGUUUCGUUGAACAACAUGAAAGCAGAUGCGAAGGAAACGUAUAACGACAAGGAUAAAUCCGUGAGCCCGAGUUCAAGUACGAACGACAUGCAGGAACUUCCGUCUGAAAGAGGUUUCAGCGCGGACGCGACGGAAUUGACAAUCGAUCGGGAACGUGCAGGCAAAACAAUUAAUUCCGAGCAAUUUGAUCAAGUCACGCCGAUCUUCCCAGCUGGCGGAAACCAUGUUGAAAGCACACGUCAAACAAAAGACACCGCAUUGUCAUAACAUUGACGUUACGAUCCGCCGAAUAUUGUAUAAAGUUAUAUUCUAUGUAUAACGAAAGAAUAUGGUGGUACAGCCGUAUAGAGCUAAUGUGUGAAUAUAAAAUGAAUACAGAGUAUUGUUUUAUAUGCUGUACGAAUAGAAUGUUUUGUAAAAUAUAUUUAAAAAAUGUGUA